AUGAUGAAACAUAAAAUCAAGACGAAAUGGAUUGAAGAAGAUGGAUACAAUGUCAGUGGAACAGAGUAGGUAUAACGCCUGAUUUUUGAAUUGAAAUUUUAGGUUUGAUGCUCAAGAGAAGAUCGAGGAGAACGAGUUCAAGGAGAUUCAAAAGAAGGACAGGAGGAACUUUAAAGAAGAACUUGAAUUGAUGCGUGAUGUAGCUACGGAAUUGGCGUAUCAAACAACUGCUCUUUCGUAUGUUUUUACUUUACCUGACUAAUGGAUAAUGUAUCAUAUAUUCUUGUGUAGAAUUCUUUAUGCUUCCUUUCAAACAUGCUUCUUUAUCUAAAUUCUUUCAGAACUUUGCCAGAAGACCGAGUAUACCUUACGGGUAAAUUAAAGGAAAUCAACGAUUUGUCAAGACGUGCUGGACGAAUAAGCAGGUAAGAUUUUAGUUUUUAAAAUUGUAUUUGAAUACUUUAUAUGUUUUUUGUUAACUAUUUUUAAACUUUACUAUAUUGAUACAAAAGUAAGUAAAAUUAUUUCAGACGACGUUUCAUGGCUGAACCAAUCUUUCGCUUUGUAAUAUAUUUUUCCAAUGCGGACAGAACCACUGUGAUUAAAACGAGCACUGAUGUUGAUAUGACACCAGAAUAUGUGAAAAACAACUACGAACUCAUCAAGACCAAAUUGAGACCGUUUUUGUUGCGAGAGUUAAGAGCCUUGUGUAGGGUGAAAGUAUUCAGUUUGUGCGACUUGACAGAACUGAUUUUGAAGUGCAUUAUGAACAUUCAAAACAGCAAGUCCAGGCUUCAAGCAACGUUGAAGAGUAUGGGUAUUAAACAUCCACUUAGCGUUUUCAAUUCUGUAAUGGCAUUUGUGGGUGCCAACCAAAGCUUGAAGCUAUUUGAUUCAAAUUCCAGAUACGUGUAUGUUGUUUUUUUUACAAUUUCUGUUAUGUGCUUAGAAUUCAUAUUUAAAAAAGUUUACUUAAAGCAACUCAAGAGAGAAAGGUAGUAUUGACUUUGUAUUUUCUAAUAUAUUUGAUGAAUUUUCUUUAGAAAACGGAUCACUUUAAGUAGCACUUUUGUGGAUGACAAUGACGUUACGAUAAUGCCAUCACGAAGUAAUGAAGACAACGAUGUUAUGAUUGUUGAUGAACCUGCACGACCUUCGCGAACUCAAGCCGACCCUUUAAGUUACGGCUACAAUUCUGACUUGUCACCUUUUUCUCUGUUUAACAGACGGAUACGAGAACAGUACCGUGACAUGCUUCGACGAGGAAGGUCAAAUCCAGCUGUAUCUUUACCAUCGUUACCAAACAUGUCUCCUGAUGACCCAGAUGUUUUCAGGAGGACAAUUCAUUCGAGAUCACCUCCAGACUUUUUGGAGCACUUGAAUAGGCGAAGAGCAAAUAGGACCAUACAGUUGAAUGAUAGCGAUGACGAGGUAAGUCUGACUUUUACUGUUUAUACACUAUAGUUUUCGUAAAAUCUUUACAAACCUUAAAAAACAUAACUUUUUGGUCAAUAUAAUUUCUUUCAGGACGAAUUAAUGUUAUCCGCUCCUCCAAUCCGCCAUCGGCCACAUCCUCCUUUACCUCCGCGGCCAGAUGAGGUAAUGACGAUAGAUUCGGAUUGA